AUGCAGAAUGUAACGACUCGUGCCGGUGAAAAGGAUCAAGAAGCGCUGGAGUGCGUGCUGCGGUUGCCUCUUCAAAACGCGGAAUCAGCGCACAUCAUGAUGCAAGUGCUGCGCGUGGAGCCGCCCGUGCCAGGGACAUCAAAGGAGGUUCAGCUUUGGGCAGAUGACAGCACACGAUCUACAGUCUACGUCAAACUCGAGGCCUCCAAGGAGCGUUCAUUGCGCGCAGCAGUGGGGGCACUUCUCGAACAAUCUAAACUUAUUUUACGCACAAUGGACGCAUUUCCUCUCAUUGCACGCCAGACCGCGUAG